AUGGUAAAUAAAAACCCAAGAGGAGGUUCAUCAUGCGCGGUUGCUACAUGCACAAAUUAUUCUGGAAAGAUUAAAACCAGCGGUAGAAUAGAUUUGUCAUUUCAUAGGUUUCCUAAAGAUGAUACAGUGGCAAAGAAGUGGCAACAUUUAUGUAAGCGAGGUGAUGUUUGGAACCCCAAAAAUGCAUAUAUUUGUUCUGAUCAUUUUACAAAAGAUGAUUUUGUACGAGAUCUGAAAGCAGAACUAUUGGAAUAUAAACCGAAGAUUCGAUACUUGAAACAAAAUGUUUUACCUUCAUUAAACCUACCUCUUGACCAUGCUCAUACUCCUCUAUCCGAGUCUUCGUUAAACCGUAGGAAUCGAAUGAAUGUAAAACAUACAAAACAGGCUCAUGACCAGCUCAUAUUAUCAAGUAUAGUACAAAAUGAAUCAAAUAUAGAGGAGGAUUCAAAUAGUUGUACUGCAGAUAAUAUUUUGGACUAUGAGCAAUUGUAUAAUAAUCUUAUACAAGAACAUGAAGCUUUAAAAACUCAAUUUUUUGAACAGAAUCGACUGAAUCAAUACGAAGAAAACCAAAAACACAUGAAAGCAAUUAAAAUACAAUCUCUAGACCAAAGCAAGGCUGUUGAGAAUCAAGCUAGGAAAUUAGUUUCAUCUGUACUCACUCGAAAUCAGCUAGAUCUUAUUCUUAAGAAAAAGAAAAAAGUACGUUGGUCUAGGGAAGAGAUUUCCAAAGCAUUUACGCUUUGA